AUGAUGGGGAGUUCGGUCAUGGAUUUACUGGUUUCUUUUCCUUACGAUAACAUUACUAUGCAGCUUAGGGAAUAUCUAGCGCUCGAGGUGUGGGAAUGGCAAAUUAUGUGCAUUGUCUUCUUCCCAGCUAUCUAUGUCAUCAAUAGCAUCACUAACGGCAUCUUCUCCCACAUUGUCGACAUAUGACAUUCCUAUCGAGUUCAUCUAGUGUAGAUACACCCAAUCACAGGGUAGUAGAAUAACCUAUCUACACCCAUUUACCAGUCCAGCCCCGAGUUUUCUC